GAAUACAGCUUAGGCAGUUAGAGUAUAUCAGAUCAGUCAUUUUUAUUCUUGUCAUUCUUCCAAUUUUUUUGCAUUUUCUGUUAUACCUUCCCUUCAACAGAAUUAUUCAAUUAAACAUCCAGAAAAAACUAGUAAAAGAAAUGGAAGAAAGUGAUGGUACAUUGACAACACCCAUUAAUCCUAAGUCUUUGACAUCAACCUUAGCUGAUAGCAAUGAGAUUUGUCAGAGUCAAAUAUCAAGUGAUGCGUCUAAAUGUAUUGAUUCUGUUUUUGGCUCCAUUCCCACUCGAGCUGAGGCUGAUUACUCCAUGACAGCCUUCCAAAGUUUCAUGAACAACGAGGGCACAAAAAUGUUGGCGAAGAAUCCAGGAUUUCGACCCGUUGAGGCUGCUUUCCAGUUCAUGAAAACGCCAAUGGUUAAGGAGAUGGUAGGAUCAGUAAUGUGUGACAUAGGUGUCAUUGAUGCUAUGUUGAGGAACAACGCUGUUCAAGAGUUGUUAAGAUCAAUGAUGGUAGAUAAUUCAGCAAUAAUGCUAACAAAAGCUAUUAACACAGCUGCUUCAGACAGUCUUCGGCUUCAGGGGUCUGACAGCAAACACAGCUUGGUUUCAGUCAUUUUAAGCUGGCUCUUGGACAAUAUUGAGACUGGAUUUCUUGGAUUUUUCGGUACUUUGAGAUCACUAGUUAAUUAUACUCUUAAUAAGUCUACAAAAAAUGAGAGCAUGGGAUCUAGUUCCGAUUCUGGGCAAGUCAUACACUUGACCAUGUUUCUCUCCAUAAUCAAUCUCUUGAUUGUGUUUGUCAGGCGCGUCUUAAAACAUAAACUUAUGCUUUAGGGUUUUUCCAGAUGAACAAUGUGUUUGUAUCCUCUUUGCAUACCCAUAUCGAAUUCUUGUAGCACCGUACAAGUAAUGUACUCGUGUAGUACAGUAGUUUCUUAGACUGAAAUGAUGAGUGUCGAAAAAAAACAUUUGUUUUAUUUUGUUACAUUCUGUUUAAUUUUGGUUUAACAUAUCCAUUGUCUCUCCUCUAAGCCCAAGCAUUUCCCUUUCUCUAUUUGUUCUGUUGAAACUAAUGUAAUGUCGCCAAUUUAAU